AUGUACACUAGGAGUCAAAUUUCUGAGAAUCGAACCUCAAACACUGAUUUCAUACUAGUAGGAUUGUUUGGUGAAACCCAGAAUGCAACCCUGUUCUAUGCUGUGACCUUCAUCUUCUUCUUGAUGGCCCUUACUGGGAAUGCUUUCCUCAUCAUCUUAAUCCACACAGAAGCACGUCUACAUACCCCCAUGUAUUUCCUCAUCAGUCAGCUGGCCCUCAUGGACCUCAUGUAUAUAUCUGUGACAGUGCCCAAGAUGCUUGUGGGACAGGUCACAGGAGAUCAUACAAUUUCCUCCUCUGGCUGUGGAGUCCAGAUGUUCUUCUACCUAACCCUUGCUGGGGCUGAAUUUUUUCUGCUGGCUGCCAUGGCUUAUGACCGAUAUGCUGCCAUUUGCAGACCCCUCCAUUACCCACUGCUUAUGAACCAGAGGGUUUGUGAAUGUCUGGCGUCAGGAUGUUGGUUCUUAGGAACAGUUGAUGGUUUUUUGCUCACUCCCAUUAAUGAGCUUCCCUUUUGUCAGUCCAGGAAAAUCCUGAGUUUCUUCUGUGAGGCGCCUGCCCUGCUGAAGCUUUCCUGCUCUGACAUCUCCCUCUACAAGAUGUUUAUGUACUUGUGCUGUGUUCUCAUGCUCCUUAUCCCCAUUGUGGUGAUCUCAAUCUCAUACGCCCUCAUCCUGCACCUCAUCCACAAAAUGAAUUCCUCUGAAGGUCGCAGGAAGGCAUUUGCCACCUGUUCCUCCCACAUGAUUGUAGUGCUGCUCUUCUUUGGCGCUGCCAUCUACACCUACAUGCUCCCCAGUUCCUACCACACAGCCGAAAAGGACAUGAUGGUAUCAGCCUUUUACACCAUCAUAACUCCUGUGCUCAACCCCCUCAUUUACAGUCUUCGCAACAAAGAUGUCACAGGGGCUGUGAGGAACAUGAUGAGAUCAGGGAUAAGGCUAAGAAAUGCUGUAAGUGCAAAAGCCUGGGAAUGA